GCUGCCUACUUUCAGACGUACCAUCGCUCUUUUCGUCCUUUUUCCUCGUGGGUUGUACAUGUUGUACACAAAAUGAAAUUCAGAGGACAGCUGACAGAGUUCCUGGUGGUGGGACGGGAGAUGCCUACAGAGAGGCAGUCUCUCCCACCCCUCUUCAAGAUGCGGAUCUUUGCACCAGAUGAAGUCACUGCCAAGUCUCGCUUCUGGUACUUUGGUAACAGACUACGAAAGAUGAAGAAGACUCGUGGAGAGAUCUUGGGCUGCAGGAAGAUCAACGAGAAGAAGCCCCAGAAGAUCAAGAACUUUGGUAUCUGGCUGCGCUACGACUCCAGGAGUGGAACUCACAACAUGUACAGGGAGUACCGUGACCUGACUACUGCUGCAGCAGUCACCCAGUGCUACCGUGACAUGGGAGCAAGGCAUCGUGCCCGUGCCCAUUCCAUACAGAUCAUCCGAGUGGAAGAAAUCCCAGCUUCCAAAUGCAGGAGACCUCACAUCAAGCAGUUCCUGACCUCAAAGAUCAGCUUCCCCCUCCCACAUCGCACACAGAGGCAAAACAAGCCCAUGUUCGUCACCCGCAGACCCAGCACCUGCUUCAAGUAAACUGGACUGUGACAUCAUCGCUUCAAGUGCUCAUCAACUCUCUGAGGAAUACAAUAAACUGUUUAUAUCAAGUCUUUGUCAUUCGAUGAUUGUUGAAGAGUUGCCCAAAUAGACCAGGGUGAAGCAAACA